AUGGCAGCGCAGCCUCGCAAAACUGUUAAAGGUAAGCGAUGAAAUUUUACUUCAGUGCGCCCUUAAUUUAUUGACAUGCACAAGGGCUUCAAUCCUUUAGGUUAACUGAACAGCAAAAUUUUUAACCAUGUAAUCGUUAUAAGCAUCAAAUAUGACAAUAUUCUAGAAUAUGUUUGGGAAAACAGAGAAAAAUAAUCCCUGAUGUUUACGAGAUUAUGGUCUAUAUUUAAUCUACUUCCGAGUAAGCUAUGAAGCCUUUUGUUUCUAAAAAACCUAGCUGUAAUCUAAUGGGGCCAUAGGACUUUGAAGGUGCGAUAGCUUUAUCAAAAACGUAUCUUCUUUUUUACACCCUUUAAGGAAAGUGAAGGUAAAUGCUAGUUAUGGGGAGUAUUUGCACAUGAAAUAUGUUAAACAUUUCAAAGCUGAAGGUUGUUUUUUUUCGCCUUGAACUUAAAUAUAUUGGGUCUUAAGAGGAACUGAGAUUUUAACUCUGAAGUGAAUUUCUGUUCGAAUUCACUUUAAACGUAAGUAUCCCUCGCCAGUACCGUUGAAGGAACUUAAAUAAAUAGCGGAAGCUUUGUGAUCUUGAGAAGCCACUAAAGUUCGAAUGUUGUUAGAAUUUAACCUCUGAAAAGGUUAAUAACAUUUUUUUUAAACCGGCCUCAUGAUCCACAUAGUUACCGAUGCGAGCAUUUUCUUCAAUCUAUCAAAGUCAAGUUAAGAAUUUUAAUAAAGAACAUAAAUGACAGAAAACAAGAUUAUCCAAGAAUUCAGUUUACAAUUUGGCUCGCUGGAGAGGUCAUAUUAUGUUUGUAGGUAGUUACUCUUGCACUAGAUAUAAACACACACACAACCCACAAUUCCUCCAAUCCCACUGACGGAGGGUCCAAUGCUCGAAACGUUCGCUUUUAAACUCUUUACGGUGGCUAAUUUACGUUAUCAACUUAGCUGAUAAUAGUAAAUUAACUUGUUAUACUCUUUUGCUGGUUAGUUUCGUUUUGCUAAUUCUUACAACCGUUUUGUUUCUUUGCCAUAACAGGGAAGUCCUAUGGCCAAAGGAGACCUCCAUUAACCCACAUUUUGAAAAGUAUCUUGGAAAGAUACCCAGAUGGAGGACAAAUCUUAAAGGUAUGAAUGAUGAUGCUUCUCUCAGCAUUGCAUCAGAUCAGCAAAAACUUGUACAGUCAACCCGGUUUAAAAGAGCAAGAUUAAGGCUUCGUUUCUGUCAAAUAAAUUAAUGAAUAGAGGGUAAUCCUGGACUGGGAAUACAUCAGCAGUAAUGGAGUGUUCAAAAUUAUUGAUUACAGUGAGAGGAGGAAGAAUGGUCUUCCACAGUAAUAAUCGAUUGACGAAUUGAUUAAUUCAAUAAGAGAAACCGAAACCUUAUCUGAGUCGUGACCGAAGGUAAUUUAUUUCCCUGUAAAAGGAGACUUCAACAGUGAUAUGUCUGUGACAGCUUACAUUUUUGCUUGAGGGUAAAAUAAUUCAUAUUUAAUGUACCAAGCAGAGAUACAUGGGACCCUUUUAAAUCCUAUUAGAUGUUUUUGUUUUGUUUCCCUUUGCUGUUUUUUUUUUGUAAAAGGAGAAAAACUCUCCUUACUUUGAUUCAACGUUGGUGAUAAUUGCAUGACUUUAAAACACAAGCGGUCACACAAGAAAAACUGGUGCUAACGAGUCAACAUAAAAUAAAUGUUGUGGUACAUGAAUAAAAGGUAGUACAAAGAUCGAGGAUUAUGACAUUCAUUUCGUUCUUGUUUACCUUGUCGUUAUUUGAAACCUGGGUUAUGUUGUCUUUUUUCAGGAAAUUAUUCAGAAUGCAGAUGACGCAGGCGCCACUAAAGUGUCCUUUCUCCUUGAUUCGCGUCAGGACUUUUACGGAGGGAACUCUCUUGUCGCACCCAGUCUUUCUCAGUUCCAGGGCCCUGCUUUAUAUGCUCAGAACAAUGCUCUGUUCGAGGAAAGUGACUGGGAAAACUUGCAGAAACUAAUGGAUAGCAAUAAGAAGAAUGACCCUUUAAAAGUUGGUCGAUUUGGAAUUGGCUUCAAUUCUGUUUAUCAUUUGACUGGUAAGUUUCUUUAAGGAUUAUAAAAAUCAUUACCAUGUGACAUCGUGGCAGAUCAUCAAAUUCUCGGAUUGCAGUGCAAAAAGAAACUUACUGGAAACUUACUGGAAACAGAAGAGCGGAAAUCCUUGCCGAGAAAUUUUCCCUUGCGUCUAGGAAAAAAAACCAUGACAAGUUACGUUCUAAAAUCGUCCGUUCAAUUUAGCAACUGCACAUCUUUUAAACGUGCGUGUUGAAACAGAUCGAGUAUCUGCACUUAAUAAUGAGACAAUUAUAUUUACUAAACUGGUUACUUCUUAUCACAUAAUUUAGAUCUGCCCAGCAUCGUGAGUGGAGAUUGUAUUGUAUUUCUUGAUCCUCACGAAAUACACUUUGGUAGAGGGGAAACGGGACAGCAAUUUUCCCUUGAGGAUGAACUCCUUGAAAAUCACGAAGACCAGUUCAAGCCUUACGAGAAUGUCUUAGACUGCAAAAUUUCGACUCGAUUUUACAAUGGAACUUUGUUUCGUUUUCCGCUACGAAGUGCACCGUCAGACUUAUCCAAAAAGGUUUACAGCAAGGAAAAAGUUCGCAAAUUAUUUCAGGCCCUCAAAGAGGAAGCACCUGUCAUCCUGCUCUUCUUGAAAAACAUUGAAGAAAUUUCUCUGUUUGAAACUGAUGAGAGAGGCGUCAAGAGACAUGUCUUUACAGUUCGACUGAGUGACAGCUGCCGGCAAGAAGUUAGAGAGAAGAAGAGAAAUUUUUUGAAUAAUUUGAGAAGGCUGAGCGACGGGCAAAUUAAAAACAUCAAUCUUUCUCUGGAUUUGCAUGUCCUUGAAAAGACUGAAGGAGGAGAGAGGUGGAAAAUAAAUGGCUUGUGUACCACCAGGUUGAUGCUCGAAAUUCAACUCUCAAAAAAUUGUCCCUAG